CCACCGUAACCGCAGCAUCCAAUACAUCCAUGGACCGCCAUACCUACUGGUGUCAUGAGUGUGACAUGAGCAUCUCCCUCAUCCCCUCCUCCACCACCGCCUCCCUUCUCUGUCCUCACUGCAACUCCGACUUCCUUGAAGAAUUGGACUCUCCUAUUACUUUCAAUAACACCAGUAAUGUCAACAACAAUCCUAAUCCUGAUGAUCACGACGAUUCCAAUCAUGUAUCAUCUCAAUUAUUGUUUCCAUCUUUUCUCGAUCCGUCGUUACCGGCGGCGGAUUAUCCCACCACUUUCCAGUUCCCUCCUGUUGCCCCUUCCGAUGACAACUUUCUCCUUGACAGCCCUUACUUUCACCGUGUAAUUCAUCACCUAUUUAACUCUGAAGAUUCCUCUCCUUCCACCACUGCUACCACCUCUCGACACCACUCUCCUGCAUCGAAAUCUGCUAUUGAAGCUAUCCCUUCGGUUAAGAUUACAUCUGCAUUCCUUGAAAUCGAUCCGAUUGUUAUAUGUGCUGUUUGCAAGGAUCAGUUUGUAAUUGAUGAUGAGACGAAAGAGCUGCCUUGUAAGCAUAUGUACCAUCCUGACUGUAUACUUCCUUGGCUUUCGCAGCAUAAUUCGUGUCCUGUUUGUCGGUUCCAGCUGCCUACGGAAGCGGUAGAUGGAGAUUUGAAAGUGAGGAGGAGGUCAAGGUCUAGGGUUUUGAGGUUGGGGGACUUAAUAGACGAUGAGGAUGAUGAAGAGCUGUUAGGGUUUGGAUUGAGGCACCUUGCUCGGAGGCACCGACUUGUGUUUCCAAUGAGACACCAUCACUACCGGCAUCCACAGGUGGAAGAGGAGGAGCCGGAGGUCUUGUUUUCUUCUACUCAAAUCGGAGAGGAGGUUGCGGUGGAUGUGCUACCUGAUUCGGGGCGGACGAAUAGCGUAGAGACUGUGUCCAGUUGGCCAAGCUGGCCUGUUGACGUAGGAGCUGUGGAUGGAGGUGAGAUUGCAGUGAGCCCUGCUGGAGUCAAUGAUGAUGCUGAUGUGGUGAUGUCUUGAACAUUGCAACUAGAGGCUCCGUUUCAGUAAACUUAAGUUCUUGGGACUCAGCUGUCCAUCCUUGAAGCUUCUGAUACGUGUCGAACCUCGAGUCUGAGUAUGAUGGCUUAACAGGAUCACCAUGAGGGAGUGUACGAGGAGCAUUGACAUUUUAGCAUUUUACUAUAUCUCAAUGUUGUAAUUUUAUGUAUAUUUGUCAAACUACUAUACUUUACAGCCGAAGUUUAAAGCAUAUGCCAAGAUGAAUAGGCAUCUGUAACAACCCGUCUCACAUGGAUAGAAAAUUAGACUUGUGAGCUCCUUAUAUAGUUCAAAUUUGUCGGCAACUCUAAUAAUUUCCACCAUGGUUUUAAGUUGAUUUGUAUGUUAUUGGGCUAUAGGCGUUAUGUGGUUAACUAGUGUUGUUUGGCAAAAAUGUUCAUGCAUAUUAUGUGGUUAACUAGUGUUGUUUGGCAAUAAUGUUCAGUUUUACGUUG